GAUAGUAAUUAUUAACCAUCAAACCUAUCAUAUGGUUAAAGCAAAUAUGGAGUGGGAUGAUAUUGUAUAUUUAGUAUUGCUUUUAUUUUCGAUAGGAAUUGGUUACGUCUUUCGACAAAUAGAAGAUAAAGAAACUAGAAAAUGGUUAAGUUCUGGUUUAGGAUUUCUUCUGGUGCUCAUUGUAUCAGGCAAACAUAUUAUGCAUCCUAUAAUUUGUACUGCUAUAAAUGCAUUUAUCAUUCUUGCAACGGAUAGAAGAAAAUGUCAUAUUGUGAGCUUCUUCUUUACAUUUGCUUACUUGUUCUUCUUCCGUACAACCCAGUACUUUGGAAUACCCUAUCCUCCAGCGCACACAAAUAUGAUACAGAUGAUUGUGACACUAAAGGUGGCAGGCCUGGCAUUUGAAGUUCAUAAUACUGCUGCAGCUGCAAAGGAAAAGGAACAUGAUGAUAGUGCGGCUUUUGCAAAAUUAGAAGCUGCAGAAGUUCACCCAAGCUUCCAGGAUGUUUUCCAUUACACAUUUUGCUACAUUGGAAUUAUGACAGGUCCAUACUAUACGUACCGAACAUACCGUGACUGGUUAGAGUAUCCAUUUUUGUUGAGUGCUCCAUGUAAAGAUGCAACUAUUCAGAAGAUGAAGUAUGUGCCAUUAUAUGCUGUCUUAUUUGUUAUUGCAUCAACUAUAUUUCCUCUUAAGUAUGCUGAGUCAGAAGAGUUCUAUAAUGAGCGGUCAGUCUUCUACAGGAUCUGGUAUAUCAACCCGACUUUCUUUAUUUUCCGCAUGCGUUUAUACACGGGAAUGGUUUUAUCAGAGUGUGUUUGCACAAUGGCAGGACUGGGGGCUUACCCAGAAUUCACAGCGCCUAGUGCAGGACAUGGUCCUACGAAGGAGUUCGGCAAGCUAAAAGAAAUAGCAUCAAAUAAUCUGCUUGCCAAGGAAGAAAAAUACAACUUUGAGACAAUCCACAAUGUAGAUCCGUACGGAUCUGAGUUUGUACCUACAUUUCGCAAUGGCAUGAAAUGCUGGAAUAUGUGUAUACAGUACUGGCUGGCUGUAAAUGUGUACAAACGGCUUGCACGGAAUCAGUUCAGACCACUGAUCACUAUGACCAUAUCAGCAAUAUGGCAUGGUGUUUAUAUAGGAUAUUAUCUGUGCCUCAUGUCAGCUCCCAUGUAUCUUCCUGUGGAGGACGUGUAUAUAAAAAUCAGGAAAGAUGCUACUGGCUUGGAAGCAAAGUUUUGGGACUUUUUUCUGUGGUUCUUCAAAAUGCAAGCGUUCUCAUAUAUGGCGAUUGUCUUUUUGCUGCUGCAUAUUGAGCUGACCUUCAAGUACUGGAGCUCUGUCUACUUUGCAGGACACAUAGUCGCCAUCAUUCUCUUCGUUUCUGGAAAGUCCAGUGGGAAAAUUAUUCUCGGCCCCGGGAAAUACAAAAAUUGGACAGUCCUGUUCCACAGUGCACUCCUUGCGGUAGGCCCUGUAAGAAGCAUAUUUAUGUCCAUCCGCUUCGGUUCGGGAACAUUUCCGAAGUUAUCGGCCGAAUAUUUACGAUUGAAGAGUUAGUUGAUGACGUUGCUUUGAGUGCUCGUGCAGUCUUACUGACAUCAAGUUUCACAUUCGUGAAAAUAUGAUAUUAAAUAGCGAAAAUGGUACGAAGUUUGUGUUAUAAAGUGUGGUAUUAACAUUAUCUAAUGUGUGUGAUAAUCGUUUGGUGCAGGAAACAUUAUAAGACGAACUGAAAACUUAAUUUGAAAUUUGAAGCUGUUUCUGUGAACUAUGCAGUAUUCCACUCACCCCCCUCGAGACAUAAUCGGACGACAGACAGCAGCUGCAUAUAAGAUCCCGUUCGAUCGACUGUGACAUGGAAGGAGCGGAUUUUGGGAGAUUUGACGCCGGAUGCUGGAGCCACAUUUCGUCUUAUCCAUAGGAGGCCCCAUUCUCUUGAUGGCAUGGGUCUGCUUCACCACGACGGAUCCAUACGUGGAGAGAAAAAUGGACACGAGUAAGCUGGGAGUGUUCAGUUAUUAAAGCAAUUGCUUGCCGAGCAGAAUCUGCGGUAGUCGAACUUGGAACUCAAUUAGCAAAUGCCGCGAUGGUGCCACAGUCGAGGAUUGGACUUGAGACACUUCCAGGAUGUUCUCUCCUUUUUACUACGACAACGUUGCACCAGGGUCCACAGUUCAUUCCCAGACAUAUAUUCCUCCUGGUGUCAUGACGUCGCUAAGCGAGCGGUAACCAUUAGCCACCCAUAUUACUCAGGGAACAUCCUAGCAACGUGAAUAUGACUGUACUGUAACCAGAGACAAUGGGGUGUCUGAGUUGCCAAGAAACAUGCUUUGCCUUGUCUGCAAGUCAGUGAUGUAAGUACUGAUUAACGACACGCCUUCCCCCUCUCCGGGAGCGGUCCAAGUUUUUGAAGCUAAAGAUUUUGCUUCACCGAAUUUCAAGUUUUUGAUCAUAAGAAGGACAAAGUUUACGGGAGAAAUGUCUGCUCAGUAACAAAUGCUCAUCUGAACGCGAUUUUCAGCGGAAGUUCGUGUAAUUUAGUUUCUUAAAUACGUGUGUAGAAACCAUCUCAAAGCCCUAUUACAAUUAUGGUAUAUUUAUAUACGAAAUUGAACUGAUUUAAGCGUAAAUGUCUUGUUACGUUGUCCUUACUGUAUUGCCAUAUUCCCUGAUGGACUCUAGUGGUAACGUCGUGUGACUCUAGAUAUUUUUUGGUGCACGGGAAACAUUAUCGAAAUUUAAAAAUAUUCUUCAAUAAUUUCGAGUAUUAUACGACUCUUUGUAUACGAUAAUAAGCUUAUUCUCGAAUCUUGAAUACAGAACAUGAAUAUUUCGAAGAUCAUAUGACUCAUGAUGGCGAAACACCGUGGAUUUAAUGUAGAAUUCGUUAUUUCAGUAGUAGAAUUAUUCUUUAUAAAUGUGCUCAAGUGAAUUUCUUAUUAACUAUGUCUCAUAUUUGUAAUGUAUUUAUUCACCGUGACCAAUCGCAUUUCAGCGUUCAGUGUUGCUCUUAAAUUAUGUGAAUUCGGCUGCUGUUGAUAAUGGUUUCUGAUUAUGUUCCGCUGUUAG